CUGAAAGCCAUGCAGCGGUCUUCACCGGGUGCUGGUCUCUGGAUGUUUUUGUUUAAAUUGGAAAAAUCUUAAAGCUGCCCACAGACCGGGUUGGUACAGUAGGCUUCACUAGACUUAGCUGCAACUCAGAGUUUCUCCUCCAGCACCUGAGUAAAUGCUGAUGGUCUUGUGGAGAGUGGAAUGAGAGUACGAGCUAAGUUCUCAAUCCCCAUUAAGAAGCGGAGGAAAAUUUAAACUGUCUCCUUCAAAGUUUAUCACAACCACCACCAUCAAGACAGCAAACCAAAGGACAAAGACUUUGACCUGCUCUGUUGCUCUGUGUAGUCCAGUUCACGUGUGGUUUACAGACUUGGCUGGGUUACUAAUGAGUAAAUAAAAAGUCGGACACUUCUGUUAUUGGACACCUUUAUUCACAAAGUGACCAAAAUGAGGGCUGUACUGGAGACAGCAGACAUUGCCAUAGUGGCCCUGUAUUUUAUCCUGGUCCUGUGCAUUGGUUUUUUUGCCAUGUGGAAAUCUAAUAGAAGCACCGUGAGUGGAUACUUCCUGGCUGGGCGCUCUAUGACCUGGGUGGCAGUUGGUGCCUCUCUGUUUGUGAGCAACAUUGGGAGUGAGCACUUCAUUGGGCUGGCAGGAUCGGGCGCUGCAAGCGGAUUUGCAGUAGGUGCCUGGGAAUUCAAUGCCUUGCUGCUUCUGCAACUUCUGGGCUGGGUUUUCAUCCCGAUUUACAUCCGGUCAGGGGUAUACACCAUGCCUGAAUACUUGUCCAAGCGAUUUGGUGGCCAUAGGAUUCAGGUCUAUUUUGCAGCCUUGUCUCUGAUUCUCUAUAUCUUCACCAAGCUCUCAGUGGAUCUGUAUUCAGGUGCCCUUUUUAUCCAAGAGUCUUUGGGUUGGAACCUGUAUGUGUCUGUCAUCCUGCUCAUUAGCAUGACUGCUCUCCUGACUGUCACCGGAGGCCUUGUUGCAGUGAUCUACACAGAUACUCUACAGGCUCUGCUCAUGAUCGUCGGGGCACUCACACUUAUGGUAAUUAGCAUGAUGGAGGUUGGCGGGUUUGAGGAAGUUAAGAGAAGGUACAUGUUGGCCUCGCCCAAUGUCACUUCGAUCUUGUUGACAUACAACCUUUCCAGCACAAAUUCUUGUAAUGUCCACCCUAAGAAAGAUGCACUGAAAAUGUUGCGGAAUCCGACAGAUGAAGACGUGCCUUGGCCUGGAUUCCUUCUCGGGCAGACCCCAGCCUCGGUGUGGUACUGGUGCGCUGACCAAGUCAUCGUGCAGAGGGUACUAGCAGCUAAAAACAUUGCACACGCCAAAGGCUCCACUCUGAUGGCUGGCUUCUUGAAGCUUCUGCCGAUGUUUAUCAUUGUUGUCCCAGGAAUGAUUUCCAGGAUACUGUUUGCUGAUGAUAUAGCUUGCAUCAACCCAGAGCACUGCAUGCAGGUGUGUGGAAGCAGAGCCGGGUGCUCGAACAUUGCUUACCCACGCCUGGUGAUGAAACUGGUACCCGUGGGCCUCCGGGGCCUGAUGAUGGCGGUGAUGAUUGCGGCUCUGAUGAGCGACUUGGACUCCAUCUUUAACAGUGCCAGCACCAUAUUCACCCUCGAUGUGUACAAACUGCUCCGCAAGAGCGCCAGCUCCCGGGAGCUGAUGAUUGUGGGGAGGAUAUUUGUGGCCUUCAUGGUGGUGGUCAGCAUUGCGUGGGUGCCCAUCAUUGUGGAGAUGCAAGGAGGCCAGAUGUACCUUUAUAUCCAGGAGGUAGCAGAUUACCUGACGCCCCCAGUUGCGGCCCUGUUUCUUCUGGCAAUUUUCUGGAAGCGCUGCAAUGAACAAGGGGCUUUCUAUGGUGGAGUGGCCGGCUUUGUCCUCGGAGCAGUCCGUUUGAUACUCGCCUUUGCCUACCGGGCCCCAGAAUGUGACCAGCCUGAUAACAGGCCGGGCUUCAUCAAAGACAUUCAUUACAUGUAUGUGGCCACAGCAUUGUUUUGGGUCACAGGACUCAUUACAGUAAUUGUUAGCCUUCUUACGCCACCUCCCGCAAAGGAACAGAUUCGUACCACCACCUUUUGGUCUAAGAAGAUCCUGGUGGUGGAGGAGAGCUGCACCCCAAAAGAUGAGCCGUACAAAAUGCAAGAGAAGAGUAUUCUGAGAUGCAAUGAGAAUAGUGAGGCCAUCAACCGUAUCAUCCCCAAUGGGAAGUCUGAGGAGAGCAUCAAGGGCCUUCAGCCUGAAGAUGUUAAUCUCCUGGUGACCUGCAGAGAGGAGGGCAACCCAGCGGCUUCCUUAGGUCAUUCAGAGGCAGAAACACCAGUAGAUGCUUAUUCCAACGGGCAAGCAGCGCUCAUGGGUGAGAAAGAGAGGAAGAAAGAAACAGAGGAUGGAGGCCGGUGCUGGAAGUUAAUAGAUUGGUUCUGUGGCUUUAAAAGUAAGAGCCUCAGCAAGAGGAGUCUCAGAGACCUGAUGGAGGAGGAGGCCGUUUGUUUACAAAUGUUGGAAGAGCCUCCGCAAGUUAAAUUAAUACUAAAUAUUGGACUUUUUGCUGUGUGUUCACUUGGAAUUUUCAUGUUUGUUUAUUUCUCCUUAUGAACUUUUAAGGAUGUUAUGAGACACUAACUUAAGAAAAUACUGGUCUUUGAAAAGAAAACUCACGUAACUGUUGCAUUUCUCAGGCAUUGUUUACGCUGUAGGUCUUAGCCAAAUUUUACUUAGCAGAACAUCAUCUAUUUGCAAGACUUUAUUUUCCCAGAGAUGGGUGAAAGUAAAAUUUCAACCUAAAAGAAGCAAAACUUGUUUAAUAGACUGAAUUGUACAAAUGUGGUUUAAAAUUGUUCAUACCAAAGUAAGACCAAUUAUUCUCAUAGAACACGCAGAACAGAUAUAUGCUAAGAUAACACGAAAGAGUGUACUGUCUGCACUGCCAGGUCCUGGUAGAGCUUCUUAACCUGAAGUAGAAGAUGUGCUCAUUUCAGAGUUGUUUUCUGUCUCUGUAAUCCCUACUACCAUUAAAAACACAACCUGAAUUUGUAGACAUUGUAUAAUCAGGUAUGUACUGAAAGUCUAACUAAUGUGCUAGUGAGGUACUUGUUUCAUGACAAGUUAGUUAAUUGCCAGCUUCAUUUUGUUAGCGCGAGCCUAUGGGUUCUGAUUGCCAAUGGAAAGGAAGGAUAUCUCUCUGUACCUGCUCUUCUAUCACUAGUAUUCGCAACGUUGGGAGAACCUUUGUUCCAGUUCGUUCUUUCCUACUUUGAAAUUUUAGUGAACCAUAUCAAAUGACCCUCAAGUCUGUCUUUAUAAAGUUCUGUGUCAUGAUUGUAUUGUUAAAUGAUUGUGGGGGAGAAGAUGAAGUAAAUAAACAUUGCUGAUGAUCUCCACAUUUAUUGACCAAAUUAAGGCUGUUUAUACUGUUUGGGGAUUUCACAGCCCUAAGCAGCUCAUGCUGAGCAGGUGAUCGCUUGUGCUCCACUAAGUCUCUAGGUAUGUUCUUGUCAUUUGGUGACAUUCUUUAUUAACCACAUGCCUUCCCAAGUAGAUCCAGUUGGGAGAUAUGUCCAGAAAUUUGAUGAGACAUCGAACACUGCCUUUGUGCUGGGUUGCCCUGGUCGAUUAUAUCAUGAUAUGUUGGGGUUGCGUUUUUAGAGGGAAAAUUUAAUUCCGAGAUCAGAUUAUAUCCUUGAUAAGUUUUUUUUUCCUUGAAAAACCUUUUCAGAAGACUUACCGUCUGCACCUAGCCUCUGUAUUUUUGCUUAAGAAGUUGUGACGUAAAGCAUGAGGAUGUUUGGGGUACAAACUGGCCGGCGGCAGCAGCACACUCGGAGUGUACACUUUGCUGUGGGCACACUGGCCGUCUAGUCUUCGCAGAACGGAGAGCAUAAGCAGGAGGUGCGGUGGACAGGAGCUGCUGGGUUUAGUAGCAUGUCACCUGGAGGGUGUUAAGGGCUUGGGUGAUUGUAGGACCCUUUACCUUGACCUGCCUUUACCUUGACCUGGCUUGGUACACAGUUGCAACCUUUCUGGAUGGGAAUCUGUUUUCAUGAGCUGACCCCCCUCACGAGGCCAGGGAUACAGAUGUGAAGCCCUGCAGAUGAUGUCGUUUGUGUCUGUGUGCAGCAGUGUUCUUCGGAACUCCAUGACAGCGAGGAACGAACUGUGUAUCUGCUUUCUUUGACUUUUCUGUACUCUGAUACUUUUUAAAUUGCAUGAUUUUACUGAGCUUACAUUCUUUAGGGAAAAUAAUUACUUUUUUAGGUACUUUUGUAGAUUUUGAAUCAAAACUCAGUCCUAAUGACUUUACAUUUUUUGUAUUCUAUAAACCAGUUUCAUUAAUGAUGGACUUGAUUAGUCCAAAGUUGUUUUAGAGAUUAUCAGGUAGCAUAAUGUCUUCCCAUCUUCAGGUGGCUUUCUGAUGGACUGAGUCUGUAGAAAAAAUAGGUCAUGUGUGAAUAGCAUGGUUUUGAGAGCUUACAGUGCCUUGUAGAAUGUUUUCUCAAUUUUCUUCCUAAGGGUUAUAAGUUGGGGGCCAAACAAGUAGGGACCAGCUUUUCUUGUAUGGAGGCUGAGGCUGUGACAUGUCCAAAGUUACAAAGUCCACUGGGAAGGACAGACAACCAGGUGUCCAACUCUGGACUCGUGGUUUGUUCAUGGUUUGUCCUUUUCUCAAAGAACUGUUCCUCCUUUGAGUCAACCUUGCAGUAUUGUGGGAAAUAACAGCAUCUUAGAUUUUUCAAAUUGGCAUCCAGUUGUAGAAAUUAACUUUUCUCUGACUACACUGCUGUGGAACUCAGCAGUGAGGAUUGCCAUACUGGCUGGGCAGCCUUCUUACCCU